AGCGCCGGCGGCGGCCGCGCGUCCCUCGCGUCCCCCUCGUCCCCCUCCGCCGUCCCCGCCGCGCAGCAUGGCCGGGCUGGGCGGCGGCCCCGCCGCCUUCGGGCGCUGCACGCACGCCGUGGUGCGGGCGCUGCCCGAGUCGCUCUGCCGGCAGGCUCUGCGCAGCACGGCGGGCCCCGAGGUGGACUUCGCCCGCGCGGAGAGGGAGCAUCAGCUGUACGUGGGUGUGCUGCGGGGCAAGCUGGGGCUGCAGGUGCUGGAGCUGCCGGCCGACGAGAGCCUCCCCGACUGUGUCUUCGUGGAGGAUGUGGCCGUGGUCUGCGAGGAGACGGCGCUGCUCACCCGACCGGGCGCGCCCAGCCGCAGGAAGGAGGUUGAAGCCAUGAAGAGAGUACUGGAAAGUCUCAACCUUAAUAUAGUUGAGAUGACAGAUGAAAAYGCAACCUUGGAUGGUGGGGAUGUCUUGUUUACAGGCAGAGAGUUUUUCGUAGGUCUUUCCAGGCGGACAAAUCAACGUGGUGCAGAAAUUCUGGCUGACACAUUUAAGGAUUAUGCUGUCUCCACAGUCCCUGUUCAUGAUUCUUUGCAUCUGAAGAGCUUUUGCAGCAUGGCUGGACCAAACUUGAUUGCCAUUGGAUCAAGUGAAGCUGCACAGAAAGCCCUCAAGACCAUGCAACAGAUGAGCGACCACCGCUACGACAAGCUGACAGUGCCUGACGAUGCCGCAGCCAACUGCCUCUACCUAAACAUUCCCAGCAAAGGGCAYGUCCUGCUGCACCGAGCCCCUGAGGAGUACCCAGAGAGUGCCAAGGUAUUUGAAAAACUGAAGGACCACAUGCUGAUCCCAAUAGCCAACACAGAACUGGAGAAAGUAGAUGGGUCCCUCACCUGUUGCUCUGUGCUUAUUAACAAAGCUUCAGAAUUAUGAGUUUACAGAGUUCCUCCCUUGUAACUGGCAAUAAUGUUACACACAAGGUAGAYGAAUCUGUAUCCACACUUUUAUUGUUUUUAUUGACAAUCUACUGUACCACUGUGCUACUAACCCUUGUUUACAAAUUUUUUGCAUUGUGAAUUUUUAUUAUGUCCUUGCAGAUGGUAUUUAAGGUGGAUGUAGGGYUUGUUGGAAGCACAUAACUCUGAAGUAAGUUAGUCCUAUGGGCUAGCAGAAGACCAUUAUAAUGGCUAACCCUUAGCUUUAGUGAUUUAACAUAUCUGUGUGAAAAUUUUAUGAAACCCAGCUAAUUCUCAAUAUUUCAAGCACCUCUGUUGUCUUUACACUGUUCCCYCCUGUCUUCUUUUCUCUUGCUUCCUUGAUUUACAUGUUUUUUUCCUUCCUCAGUCUUCUACUUUCAGUGGUGCAAGGUAUUGGGGGGACUGAAGAAAAUUCAGUGGGCUCACAAACUGGGUACCUUGUGUGGCAGGGAAGCUUUCUGUACCCUGGCUGAGCAGSGGACAGUGGAGUGUGCUCACUGUCCUGGCCAUGUCACAGUGCUGCUGCUGGGCACAGCUGUGCUGGAAUCCAUUUCAGAUACCAGGUACCAGCUUUGGAAAAGCUUCCUCUGAUGGGAACAUUCAAGGGCAAUGACUGCCUGGGAAACUUGAAUGACAGAAGAGAGUAGUGCAGCCACAAAAGUUGUCUCCUGCAAAUUCAGGUCCCAUCUUCCUUCUAAGACCACGAUUUUCAAUGUGGUGAGAAUGGGAGAGGAGUUUUGAAAAAGGCCAGAUCCURGGAAGCCUCUGGACCACAAAAACUAAAGGCUGAGAUGCUUUCAAAAAAGUUAAAUCUACAAAAGAAAUAUAAAGUAUGGGGGAGUUAAUUCUCUUUGUUUACAUCUUAACAUUUAUUUGUUUCUCCUUUCUGUUUUCUCCUCUUUUGGAGGCCACUUACUAGCAAAAUUCAAAAGAAAAGGGUGAUAGAAGGGGUUGAAGGACAGCUAUUCCUGGAGUAUGCCCAUGAAUAAGGGAAGCUAUUUUUUCCUGGAAGACUGGCAUUUAUACUUUAUCUGCCCUUGGGGCAGUUUUCCUUGGAACAAUAACCAUCUUAUUUCGUUUUAGUGGCAUGAAUAUUCACUGUGGUAUUCAGUUAAGGCAAAUAUAAUUUUUGUAGCAGAUUCCUCAACAUGUUUACCCACUGAGUCAUAGGUUUUUUUUUUUUUUAAUCACCACAGAGUGAAGCACACAGCAUUGUAUUCACAUGCUUCUUGUUAAGUCAUUUGUAAACUAAGGAUGGGAGAAAUUCCCAAACAGAGGCAGUAGUGGGAACUCUCCAGAGACCGACAAAUAGUCUGGACGUGUUAUCAGCUUCCUAGACAUCUCCCCCACCUUUCCUGAAUCACUUGUGGCAUGUUGCUGAGGUGCAGUAGGAAGUGAGUGAGGGGACUGAGGCAGUGUUGUCUGCAGGAAAGCAAACAGUGUUAACCAAGUGCACGCCUGGGUCUGCUUUGGAAACCUGCAUGCUUUCUCGUGCAGUCAUAAGGGAGGAAACGCAAGUACUGACACCCACAGGGUCCCUUSAGCAAAUCUCACACGGGAUCUCGGUGCUAAGGAGGGGAGAAUCUCCAGGCAGCUACCAGAGUACACCUGAUACUUGUGGGUGCCCUGUACGUUGUGGUGACACGAGGUAUCCUGGGGAAGAGAGAAAU